UCCUGCCGCUCGGCGUCGGGUGAGGGAGGAAGGAAGGACGGCGUGCGUGUGCGUGUGGCUCACUUUCCCCCCCAAACGCUGCUCGUGUUCUCACCUCCACGCACCCAGCGGCUCCCCGCAGCAACUCGAGCCCGCGCAGCUCGCACCCAACAUGGGUUAGAGAGGCGGCCGCGCACGGGAUUAUCCACUUUGUGCACUUCGGAGGAUGAUGGAGGGGGAGACGGACUUGUUUUUCGCGGAGACAUCCUGACAAAGACGCGGACUGAGAGGGAGGAGAGCUCGCUGUCUCUCCCGGUCUCGCUUGGCACUUUUUCUUACAUUUUGUUUUUAUUAUUAUUAUUAUUAUUAUCGUUAUUCCCUCGGGUGUGAGCGACGCAGAGAGAUGUUUGCAGAAUUGCUGUGCGGCGCCGUGGCUCUGGUCCUGUAUGUCAACACUCUGGGCGCCGAUUUCUGCUACGAUGACAGCCGUGCAAUCAAGACCAAUCAGGACCUGCUCCCAGAGACGCCCUGGAUAAAUAUCUUCUACGAUGACUUCUGGGGAACCUUACUCACACACAGUGGCAGCCAUAAGUCUUACCGGCCCCUCUGCACCCUCUCCUUCCGCCUCAACCAUGCUGUGGGGGGGCUGGAGCCCUGGGGUUACCACCUGGUUAACGUGGCCCUCCAUGGAGCUGUGACAGGCCUGUUCACCGCGCUGGCUCGCCUGCUUCUCGGAGGAGGCCUGUGGAGCCUCCUGGCCGGCCUCCUCUUCGCCUCCCACCCCAUCCACACGGAGGCGGUGGCGGGCGUUGUGGGCAGGGCCGAUGAAGGCGCCGCUCUGUUCUUCUUGCUGUCCCUGCUCUGUUACAUGCGUCACUGUACGCUACGGGGCCACGCUGGGCCCUGGCGGCUCGUGGCGUGGCUCCUCUGCAGCCUGGCCUGCGCCGCCUGCAGCAUGCUGUGGAAGGAGCUUGGAGUCACCGUCCUGGCUGUGUCAGCGCUGUAUGACGUCUGCGUUUUCCACAAGCUCAAGCUGCGACAGGUCAUCAUGCUCCUCUACAAGAGGAACAACGUCCACCUGCUGCUCAAUGUGUUUUUAUUGGCCGGCUGGGGGGCCGUGCUGUUGGCCUGCCGCUUCUACUGGAUGGGCAACAAGCCGCCCAACUUCUCCAACUCCGACAACCCGGCAGCCGACUCGCCCUCGCUCCUCGCCAGGUUCCUCACCUUUUUCCACCUGCCCGCCGUCAACUUUUGGCUCCUCCUCUGCCCGGACAUGCUCAGCUUUGAUUGGUCGAUGGACGCCCUGCCUUUGAUCAGGAGCUUGGCUGAUUCGAGGAACUUCCACACGGGGGUCUUCUACCUUGGACUGCUCCUACUGGCUUGGUUUGGCCUGUGGACGCACCACACAGCUAAAAGCAGGGAGACGAACGGCAAAGCCCAUCAUUACACCAACGGAAAAAACGGACACAGCAAUGGACACAGUUACCAAUUCAACAAUCAUGAACAUACGAACAAUUCCCACACAGGCAAUCACAGUAACAGUGCUCAAAAUGGUACCAAGAAGUACUAUGAGAUCAGGACUCCACUGCCCACUUCUGAGAAUGUAGUGGUGUUCUCUCUAGGCCUGUUGGCGAUUCCCUUCCUCCCUGCCACAAACCUGUUCUUCUAUGUGGGCUUUGUGAUAGCGGAGAGAGUCCUGUACAUCCCCAGCAUGGGCUUCUGCCUGCUGGUAGCGGUGGGGAUGAGGUCCCUGUACGUCCGACUGCGACGCCGGUCCUUCAGGACGAUGCUGGUGUACUGCAGCGCCGCCCUGGUUCUUCUGUUCGGCGUCAAAACUGUCAUGAGGAACCGCGACUGGCGGAAUGAGGAGAUGCUCUACAGGUCAGGGAUUUAUGUCAAUCCUGCUAAAGCAUGGGGCAACCUUGGAAACGUCCUGAAGAGCCAGGGCGAGAUGGAGGAGGCUGAGCAGGCGUACAGAAACGCCCUCUAUUACCGCAGCAACAUGGCUGACAUGCUGUAUAACCUCGGUUUGCUGCUGCAGGAGAGCAACAAGUUCGCGGAGGCACUCCACUACUAUAAGCUGGCCAUUGGGAGCAGGCCAACCCUGGCUUCGGCCUACUUGAACACAGGCAUCAUCCUCAUGAAUCAGGGUCGCAUGGAUGAAGCCAAGCGCACCUUCCUGACCUGCGCCGACAUCCCGGACGAGAACCUGAAGGACCCCCACGCCCACAAGAGCUCGGUCACCAGCUGCCUGUACAACCUGGGCAAGCUGCUGCACGAGCAGGGACAUCAGGAGGAGGCCGUCUCCGUGUUUAAAGAAGCUCUACAGAAAAUGCCGAGACAAUUUGCACCACAGAGCCUCUACAACAUGAUGGGAGAGGCCUACAUGAGACUGAACAAACUGCCUGAAGCUGAGCACUGGUACACGGAGUCGCUGCGAGCCAAGCCCGACCACAUCCCUGCACACCUCACCUACGGCAAACUCCUGGCUGUCACGGGUCAGAAGACAGAAGCAGAGAGGUACUUCUUGAAGGCCAUUCAGCUUGAUCCCUCAAAAGGCAACUGCUACAUGCAUUAUGGUCAGUUUUUGUUGGAAGAGUCCCGGCUGCUGGAAGCGGCGGAGAUGGCGGAGAAAGCCGCGCGCCUCGACAGCGGGGAGUUUGAUGUGGUCUUCAGUGCAGCCCAUAUGCUCAGACAAGCCAGCCUAAAUGAAGCAGCCGAGAGGUACUACGGACAAGCAGCAAGCCUGAGGCCCAAUUAUCCUGCAGCUCUGAUGAACCUGGGGGCGAUCCUCCACCUCAACGGGAAGCUGCAAGAGGCUGAAGCCAAUUACCUCCGAGCGCUCCAACUGAAACCCGACGACGCCAUCACCCAGUCCAACUUGCGCAAGCUGUGGAACAUCAUGGAGAAACAGGGCCUGAGGACGAUGAGCCCCUGAGCUCCUCCCCCCGCCUCGAGUACCUGCCACGUGUGUGCCGGACCCGGAGGAGAGGCCGGCCCCUGCGCUCCUUGUUCGCUCCUCUCUUCCAGGAGACAUGGAGGAGGCUCAGGGAGGGCGUGAUUGUGCCGCGCAGCCCUCGUAAUGACUCCUGAGCUCUGCAUACACCUCAGGCCAGCAGCUCUUCUCAGAAGCAUUGCUCACAGUUUGGCCGGCUCCGGGCAGUUUUUGGACUCUUUGGAACUUUCUUUAAAAUAAGUGCUCCCACAGGAACCUUUUUUUUUUCUUUCUACUUUUCUUUUUUCUAACUAGAGCACUUGAACCAGGAGCGAGACCAUAGGUACAUCCGUCAACAUUUGUGAUGAAUUAAGUCACUUAAAUAAGCAAUUGUAGUUCAAAAGGGUCGUACUGAUUUGUCCCCGAGCAGCAGCGAGACAAAGUACAAACGAGAUCUCAGAGCGAAGCACUGAGGGUAUUUUUCAUCAGGAUUUAAUAAAGUUUUGAUCAGAUAUUCAAUCUUGGUAAUGAAGAAAAUGAGAUAAUAUGAAGAACUGGACGCCGUCCAAAAUCUCCAGUGAAGUUUUGAGUCUGUGUAUUUUUGUUUUUCACAUCCUCAGUGGGUUUGUUUUUUACUCGUGAGAUUACACACACUUCAUAAUGAAGGAAUGGAAAUUAGCACCGUUAUUUUAAACCAUUUGUCGCAGACGCCCCGGACGUUUGUCGUCAACUUUAAAAAGGGAAUUCAGUUUAUUAGCCAUCACAGCACAACAACAGCCUCUAAAAGCUCCACACAGACUUGUAUUUGUCUUGUUUUGGCAGGAAAAGUAAAAAGAAGUGAAGGAAGUGGGACUCAUUUCACACUGUAAUGCCUUAUAAUAAAUGGUGUGAAUCUUCUUUAGCAGUGUGCAGUAGCAUGCAGGCGGCAUUUUGACCCCUACUGCUUCUCCUAGUUCACAGUUAAAGAAGCCAAGUCGCCAUAGAAACGUGUUCGUUGACAACAUGAAGAAGCUCUAAACGGAAUUAUUGAGAUACCCUUCCCAUGGAAGUCACAGAAAACAACGGUACGGUAGUUAUGGGUGCGUCGUCUCCAUACUGCUGCUUCCAGCGAGGAGCGUGUGUGGAGCUGAAACAGAUGAAGGAAAACUUCUAACCAAAUACAGGAGCAAUGCCGAUGCACAUUUUUUUCAUCUCAUGGCACGAGACUUAGCGCACGUCUUGAGGGAAAUGUUUUAACGUUUGUGUUGGAAUAAAAACUAAUUUCAUUGUGUUUAUAUAAAUGAAUCCUAAUAUAUAUCUACGUUGUGUAUAUUAUACAGAAAAACCAUGCAGCAAAAAAGUAGCCAAUGGAAGCUCCGACGCUGAGGAAAUUUGGUUUGUUACAUUAAAGGGGAACUCUGGUAUUUUUCAGUCUAGGCCCUAUGUUUAUGAAUCUUGGUGUGUAAAUGAAAAACUUGUAGAAUCAACCCAGCAGUGGCUACAAUGUAAUCUUAUGGGGCAACUGCAACAGUCCACAAAAUGUCCACUAAACAUGCUUUUUCCAACAAUAAUGAAAAUGUUAGGGCUCAAAUUGUUAUUCUGGGUCUUUGCUGAGAGUCUGCGAACAUUAUGCACGUCUUGCUCAAUGAGUACCGUUCAUGUACACACCCGUAUUUAAAACAUAGGCCCAGAUUUUCCCAUAUUGUCAACCCUCAGUUCUCUGUCUCAAGGUCUCAUUUUUGUAGAUAUUCUGUGUAAUUAACAUCUGCUUGUUUGCCGUCGAUGUCAGCAAUGACGUUAAAUGAGAUGACACCUCCCCAGAAGUACGAAUAUGUGCAGUAUUUGUGAUCAGAAAAACCUCCUGAACUGUCUGUGUCCUCAGUUUAUUACAUUGUAAGUUAUUGCUUUGUGUUACCUCAGCAACAGAAUCAGCUGGCACUGUGUUUUUACAUGUAAGAUGAAGGAAGUGAGCAGAUAUGUCGUAUGUGUUAGAAAAGAAAAAACUCACAAAACACUUGAGUGGGCCCAUUUAAAAAGCACCUUGAAUAUAUAUUUGUCACUUGCAGUCAAAAUGGUGUCCGCACUGUUCUGUUUAUGACUGUGAUCACUUGUCGAGUAAAAUAAUCACAAUUCACAUUCAUCCCUCCCUCACAUCACAAAAAAAACAACCCAUGUGCUAAUUUCUCCUGUGUAUAUAAAGUGUUCUUGAACAAACACUGAUAAUUGUUAUUGCUUGAGUGACGAUGUAAAAAAAACAAACAAAAAAAAAAAAGGUUCACUCUGUGUCUCUGCUCAGGGAUCUCAAGCGGUGGGUUAUUGCAGAAACUUGUUCACAGAGCGUUUACUAAAUUAAAGAUUUAUUUUUGAAAAGUUGUUGUAUUUGUAUAAAUUAUGAAGAUUUGUAGCCUUUUUUUCCUCCUUUUUCUAAUAUAAAAAUGAACAAUGUGCCAGAAUAAGACCUUUGUCUCUCAAUGUUGCUUUUUUUCCACAAUAAAUUUAUGGUGUUCUGCUU